CGCUGGCAACCGUUGACAUAACGCUUUGCCGCCAUAGUGAGCGCCAUAGUCACCGUAGCUGUUGGCGACUGUUUCCUGUCAACUGAGGUGCACAAAUUUUCACAUUUUCACUUACAAUCAAGACCAUGCAAUCAGCGUCUGGUCCGGGUACCACCAUUGUUCAUCUAUCUCCGAAAAAUCAUACAAUUUUACAACAAGGUGGUCAACAUGUCCUACUUAGUAAAAUUGCUUCCGACUCUACUAGUAAUCGUCCACCAACAAGUGGAGUGGAAACUAGUUUAUUACAAACAGCACAUUCAAAUAACUCACAAACUAUAUAUCCAGCACAUUAUAUUGAAGCUAUCGCUGAACAAACUGUAUAUACUGCAAAUGGAGAAGGCGGACAAUAUCAAGAAUAUACACCGAUUAUUUAUGCUCCUGUUUCAGGCGGACCAACAUAUUAUCAAACAGCUAAUGGACAAGUUUUAGCUACUGCGUUUGGUGCAGCGAAUAGUGCAACAGGUCAUGUUGGUGCCUUACAUACUGCUGCGGCGGCACAUGCAAAUUUAACUGCCACAGCUGGUGUUGGUCACGCCCAAUUAGUUACACACCAAGGUGCAACAUAUUUAUUACAAAGUGGUCAAUUAGAUGAUGACGGAUCCUCCAUAUCCCAUACAGCAAAAGCUAGUCCUGUCACUGUUCAAUGGCUUGUUGAUAAUUACGAGACAGCUGAUGGUGUUAGUCUUCCACGUAGUACAUUAUAUUUUCAUUAUUUACAACAUUGUAAUGAACAUAAAUUAGAGCCAAUGAAUCCAGCAUCAUUUGGUAAAUUAAUACGUUCAGUAUUUUUUGGUCUACGUACACGACGACUAGGUACACGUGGAAAUUCUAAAUAUCAUUAUUAUGGUAUUCGUAUUAAGCCAAACUCACCUUUAAAUCAUUUUAUCGAAGAUGCUGGUUUCUCACUUCGACAUUAUCCUAAUUAUCAUCGUCAAACAAUGGAAGCUGCAGCUGAAUGGAAAAAUUUCACAAAUUCUUCGUUAAAUCGAUUGAAAUCUUUAAGUACAAAUGGGAAUGGAGUCAAUAGUGGAAGUGUUGGAGUUGGGAACACUUCUUUUGGAUUAAAUAAUUUAGCAUCUCAUGUUCAUUCAACAUCACAUAUCUCAUACAGUAAUGCCAGUAGUAAUAUUAGUAGUAGUAAUUCUCAGUUAUCAUCUCAUUACGGUACCAGUACAACAGUGACAACAUUCCGUUCUUCAGAUAAAUCAAUGUUAAAUAAUAAUCUUUAUGUUGGUAGUGGAAGUGUUUCUUCACAUUCCACUAGUCAAAAUGUUGCUAGUGUUACUACAAAUUCAGUAACAAGUCCUUUAUUAUCUUCUAGUGGUGUUGGUAAUGGUCAACAUCAUGCACAUUUUCUUGGUGAAGCUAGUUCCGCAUUGCCUAAUCUAGAUGAAAUAUGCCGAUCAUCUGGUCUUCCUGUGCCAAGUGAAGUUGAUUUGCCAGAGAAUAAAAGUCGUUUAAAAACAGUUGAAACAUCGAAUAAUUUAUCAACAAAUGAAGAUGUAAUUACAUUUUGUCGUCUUUACGCUUUAUCCGCUGGUUAUAUGCUUGAUGCUGUAGUAAAUUUAGAUUUUACUUCAAUUGAAACAGUAUGGAAAGCAUUUUGGUGCACUGAAGAAGUACGAGAUUCUCGGUUAAAACAAAGUUUAUCACAAGAACGAUUAUAUUCACUCGUGUCCGAUCCGGCCAUUUUACAAUUUAUUCGACUUUAUGAUCAUACAUUCUAUCAAUCAUUAGCUGAAGUUUUAAUACCAAAUGUACUUCGACCUAUUCCGCCAACUCUUACACAAGCAAUUCGUAAUUUUGCAAAAUCUCUUGAAGGUUGGAUGCGUCAAGCUAUACAAGGUUUAGAUACAGAUCUUAUUAAUUUAAAAAUAUCCGCUGUAUGUGCAUUAGCACAAACUCUUCGACGUUACACUAGUUUAAAUCAUUUAGCUCAAGCUGCUCGUGCUGUAUUAAAAAAUGCUAAUCAAAUUAAUCAAAUGUUGGCCGAUUUAAAUCGUGUCGAUUUCAAUAAUGUACAAGAACAAGCUUCAUGGGUAUGUCAAUGCAGUGAUUCUACUGUUAGUCAGUUAGAGCAUGAUUUUAAACGUAUUUUACAAAAGCAUGCAUCACUGGAAGAAUGGGCUCAAUGGUUAGAUACAGUAGUGACUAGCAUCUUACAACCACUUGAAGGCAAUAGUUUGGCUUAUACAAGAGCUGCACAUCAACUAGUAUUGAAAUGGUCUUUUUACAGUUCAAUGGUGAUUAGAGAUCUGACGUUGAGAUCUGCAUCGAGUUUUGGCAGUUUUCAUUUAAUUCGACUAUUAUAUGAUGAGUAUAUAUUUUAUUUAGUUGAGCACAAAGUCGCUGCACAUUUAGGCAUGACACCGGUCGCUGUUAUGGGUGAAAUGGGUAGAGAUAUUACUCAACAACAUUGUGCUCAAAAUCGAUUACAUUUGGACAAUCGUAAUGUUCCUGGGAAAUCUUCUAAAUCUAUUCACAAUAAUAAUAAUAAUAGUAAUACAACAGUACAUGAUUCUCCACAACAUGAUAAUUCGAAUUAUUUGCCGUUUGUUAAUGAUGAUAAUAAUAAUAAUGAUAACAAUAAUAAUGUAGAUCAUACAAAUCCUAUAUUUCAUCAACAAAAACACUCAAUUAAUUUAACUAAAGACCGUGUUGUUGUUGUAGGCAAUGAUGAUUGUAAUCCGGACACUAACACUAAUAAUGUUAUUAGUCGCGAGAAAAAUAGACGGGAACAACAACAAUUAGACAGUGACGGUGUCAUUGUUGACGAAGAUGUCAUGGAUCAUCAUCAUCAUGACGAUGACGAAGAAGUGGAUGAUUUCGAUGAAGAAGUUGAUGAGUACUUAGACGAUGAAGAUGAAGUGGAUGAUUCAUUAGGUGAUGAAAAUGCCAUGUUAAAAGAAGCACAUGCUUCAGCACAAGCUUAUUGUCGAAACUCUUCAAUCGCUGCGACUUCUACUUCUACUGUCCUGAUACCUCAAUCAUUAGAUUCAACUGAUGAUAUGCCCAAUACUACUGGCAGGAAGAAAGAUACUUUGAAAAUAGAAGAUGAAGCAAGCCAUGAAAAACAGUCAAACAUUCAAGAUGUUAUUGUCGAUGAUAACGAUAACAAUAAUGAUAUUGUUGACGACGAAGUGGUAGUAGAGAACACUGACGAAGGAACCGAUAACAAUAAAAAUAAAUCAGAGAAGUUAACUCAAAAACAUCCGAAUCUACUCAAUAAUGAUAAAAUUAGUUCGUCGACACCUGUUGAAUUAACUGUUCAACAAUCCGAUAAAGAUAAAAUAUCAACCAGUACAACGACAACCACUGGUAGUUGUUCUCCACCGUCAAUCGUAACAAUGGUAAAGUAGAAUAUAUCAUAUAUGUAUAUAUAUUUACGUAUUCAUAGUGUUAUGUACUCAGUUAGAUAGUUUAAUUACGGAUCUCCUAUUGUCAUUCUGAGUACCAAAUCAUUUCGUUCCGAUAUCCUACCUCCUUUGUUUGUAAUUGGCCUUUAAAAUCGAUAGAUAUAAUAAUUACAGAGUUGCUAAAAAGCUUACUUUUAAAUAAAGUAAACUCCGAUAUCGUUGAACGGAAUGAUAUAACAAACUUCAUAAUUAUACUAUCAUCCAGCUCAGAGAACAUAUCCAUCAAAGUAUCCAUCUUAACAGUAAAUUUUCCUCGUUAAUUCAAAUGUAAGGUUUCAUGAAGAUUUCAAAAUAAACGAGAACAGAAAAUCUGGCAAAAUUUGUAGGGCAUUAUGUCAACAGAGGAUUCUCAUUAUAAAAUAUACAAUACUUCAUAAUAAACUAGUUCUCUUAUAUAUCUGUUCAAGGUAUAAAUAUUUAGUAUUAAAAAAUAUGGAAGCACUAGACGGGUGUUUCGUCCCAGUAUGGAACUUCUCAGUAGUAUGCAUCCUCGAUCCUGCAUUCAGAAAUCGAACCCAGGACUUUCAGUUCCACAUGCGAAUGCUUAACCUUGUGAAUUCGACUGUGAAAACACUACAAUCUCCAUAAAUCCCUAUACUGAAUAGAAAAUGUAUCAAUAUAAUGGUGCGUAACUGUUAUACAUCUCCAUCUACCUGUAAACGUUUACAAUACUUAUAAAUGACCUUCUUGUGUAAUAUACCAUUUGGUGCAUAAGUUCCAUCAUAUCAUCUUUCCAUUCAAAUAGAUGGACAAGUAGAAAACUACUAAUUAAUCACCGAGUAGUAAUGAUCAAUGUCGAAUUGCGUAAUAUUGUUCUAUGCAAUGUUAAACCACUUAAACGAGUGACUGAUAGGCUUUGAUCAUCAAUAAAGGACUAGAUAAAUAUGACAUUGGUUAAUACUUACUAACUACUCAAUGAUCAAUCAAUUAUAAAGUAGGGAAAUAUACAGUCAUUGUGUUUGUAGGUGUAGUUUUUUCGUUUGAAAUUAUGGACUGAAAUACUUUUUCUGUACGUAUGUAGAUGUGUAUGACUUUUACAAAGUCAGUAUAGGAUUGUUGAGAUUAUGAAUCGAUCAAUGUUAGAUCACCAUUGAAAACCUGGAAGCACUGGGCGGCCGUUCUGUCCUAGUAUGAGACUCCUUAGCAGUGUUCAUAUUAGGACAAAAUGGCCAUCCGGUCCUUCCAGGUUUUCAACGGUGGUCUUACACUGAUCAAUUCGUGACGCAUUUAUUUACAUGCCGUUUAAGUUCUUGGUGAAGCAAGGAUAUUGUUUUGUUGUUCACUCAUAAUCAUUGUGAAUGGGUAUAUUUCGCUUAUAUAUAUGUCACAUUUUUUUCCUUUUUAUUUAAACACAUAAACAUUAGUACAAGGACGCACCAAACAGAUAUGCACCACACUUCAUCAUUCGAUUUGUGUGAGGGCUAGGAUACUGCCCGGGUGCCCAAACCGAAGCAGGUGGUUUUCUUAGAGGGCCACACUCGGAGCCUUCGGCCUAAAAGUCUGGUCCACAAGGCAGGGAAGCAACGUCAGGAGAUUCAGUCCCAUGGUGACAGGUGACCAACGAUUGGUUCGUACACCGUUUGCCCAUAUGCACCAUUGAUUUGGUAUGAGGGUUUUUCAACUCGCCUAGGUGGACCCUCCGUGUUUACCAACCCGGUUAAAGUGCCAGACAUUCGCUUUUCGUCCUCUCAAUUUCGUAAACAACACCCACGAGAAGGCAGUGAGUAGGACUUACCUGUCAGUGGUUGUAUGCACGUGGCAAUGUGAGAGCAUUUCGAGAGGGAGAGCGGACUCUCCUCUCUCUCGGCCGUACCAGGACACAUUAAUUCUGAUAAAUACCGCCUUCUUAGUGCAUUAUUUAAAUUGAUCAAAAGGAUUAUUGUCGUAAAUAACUGAUUUUCCUGUUUGCUUUUAUUAUUUUUAAAAAAUGUUUUAGCCUAAUCCUGUACGUAAAGUUGUCCGUGUCACUACAUUUUGUGAUGCAAAACAACCAUCAGUAGUUGUAGAGUCGUCAUUUGCUAAUUCUACACCAUUUACAACUACUGUAGCUACUACUACUAUUGCUUCUACCACUGCUACUACUCCACGUUCAAUUAAUGUAAAACAAUCACCACCUGGAUCAUCUUCAACAAUAUCAACACCAACAAUAACAAUUAAUUGUAAUAGACCAAUUGAAAUUCAUCCUUCUUCUUUUCAUAUCACUACUACAACUCCAUCUUCUAUUAUUAAUAAUGGUAAUACAACAAUAGUAAAUAAACUAAAUGUUACUACCAAUUCAACUAUUCCUACUGAUAUAAUCUAUGCAAAACGACCAAAAUUAUCCUAAUCACCAUGUAUACCUUCGUAUUUGUUUCAAUGAAAGAACCUCAUUAUUAAUAUGUGCAUUACAAUCAUUAAUUAUUGCAUAUCACAAAACUGGUGAAAGGCAGCAGUCAUUAAAGAUAAUAAAGUGUGUGUUUUUUUUCCACAGAAUUUUCUAUUCCGUCUUUUACACUUUCAUAACUAUCAGCACCUAUGUUUGUGCUUGUGUGUGUGUAUGUAUUGAAUAAACGUUUAGUACAAUUUAAUAAUUUCUUGUGUGCACAAUCAUUCCAUUUCUUUCUUUUGUAUAUUGUCUGUUUAUUGAUUAUCCAAUCACUAAAGUUUGUGUUUUGAUGAUGAGACUCUGUACACAUUUAUAUGUUGAGGGAGAGAGAGGGGAAUGCGCACCUAAAAGGAAUGGGACAGAUCAUUUCCAUUCUCUAUGAUAAUAACUCCAAUUGAGUAUACUUUUGCACUAUUCAAAUAUUCUUGUCAAUAUGACAACUGUUGGCAGUAUGUUCAAGUGUAUGUAUGUAUGUGUGUGUGUGUUUUGGUUAUUGUGUUAGAUUGUCAUGUUGUCUGUUUUGUGUAUAUUAAUGAUUUCUGUAUAAUAAAAUCAACAAUCUUAUGAUCUUCCAUUGUGUUGAGUUGUAAGACACAAUGCAUUUGUGCUGAAGUUAUAAUGACUACUACAUUACAACUUGGUAGGAUUUGAUCAGUGUUUAUUUCAAUCGUAUCAGAUGUGGUGGUCGUACCAACAGAUUGUGAUGACCCAAUCGAGUUAUUUUAAAUGAUACCAUGCCAGAGUGAUCGGAUGACGAUAUCGUCAAGA